AGCCAUUGAUAUGACGUGUCGAAACAGUUGAGUAAGAAGGGGAAAUUUCAGGAGCGAGAAUAUAUAUGGCAUAAGUAUGUUUGGAUUUUACAUCGCAGUAUACUAUAUCACGUAUAUAAAUUAACAAAAUACUAAACCCAAUUUUAUUGAAAGCAAUUUUCAGAGGGACAGCUCAAGUAAUUUCGUAAAAAUAUUAACAGAUACAAAAUGAAUAAAUCACCAAUUAAUAUUCUCCAAGAAAUUUUAAUCAAAGAGGGUUGUGUUCCUAAUUAUUCUUAUAUAUUGGAUAUUUCUGAAUUUAAAUGUGAAGUGACUUGUAAAAAUUUAAGUGCAAUUGGCAUAGGACCUAACAAAAAGGAAGCCAAAUAUAAUGCUGCAGUAAAUAUGUUAUCAUUGUUGAAUAUUACAAUAUACUCAAAGAAACACAAGACUGGAAAUAAAAUACAAGAUUUUAAAACUUGUCAACCGACACAUAAUACAAAUGAACCAAACAAUACAAAUAUGUUACCUCCAUUAAACAAAGAUACACAAACGUUUCCUGAAUGUAACUAUGUAGGAGUGCUACAAGAACUUUGCAUGCAACAUCGCAUAAGUUUGCCUUUAUAUGAAGUUGUUCAACAAAGUGGUCCUAGUCAUAUGAGAACAUUUAAGGUAAAAAGCAGUGUUGGAUCUCAUGAAAUGACAGGUAUAGCAUUCUGUAAAAAGGCUGCGAAACAAGAAGCUGCCAAGAAUAUACUACAUCACUUAGUAGUUUCAAAUAUAUUGCCAGAAGAUACUUAUAAAAAAAUAGAACUUUACAAAAGAAAGGUCAAUAUAAAUGAUACAAAAGAUAUAAAAUUGAAUGUUAAAAAUACCAAACCGGUAUUACCUAUUGAGAAACCAGAAAUAGAAGAGAUAUCAGAAAAGGCUUUACCGACAUAUGAACUUAUUUCUAACAAUAUAGCAAUGCAAAACAGUGAUAAUGGUUCAGCAGUAUUUAAUAAUAAUAAUAAUACAAUUAAGAAUACCCAGAUAAGUAUCUACCAACCAAAGUCAAUAAAAACGGUUAAUGACUCUAAGCAAACAUUAGAAAGUAACUUCAAGAAGUUGGAUAUAAGCAAGUCAAUUGUUGAGUCAGCAAUUACAAAAUCAUCAGAAAACGCACAAUCGAACAACAUUGAAUCUAAUUCUGACGAUAAACAAUAUUUUGUAACUAAGAAUGAUAAUACAAACCUAUCAUUAGUAACUUAUAAGGAUGAAGAACACAAACGAACAAUUGAGGACGAUUUACGAGAAUUUAAUAUAGAAAUAUCAGAUUUUGUCGAAAGUAACAAAACUAUGGCUCUUACGGAUGUAUCGAAAAAAGCCUUAUCCUUAUUGGAAAACUCUAAAAAAUACAAAUCUUCAAAUGUGUGUCUUACGGAUUCUCAUAAUUUAUUCAAAAAAUUGUAUUCUGAUAAGAUACCAGAUGAUUUAAAAAAAAGAAUGUGUAUCGUAAGCAAAUAUAAAUUGAGUGCGAUAGAGGAUCUUAUUGCAAUAGAAGAAACGUACCAAGAAGUUCAAAAGACAUUAGGGGUUACGUUAAACCAAGUCAACUAUAGCAACAAGACAGCAGAUGUUACAAUAAUAUGCCUGCGUAUGCUGUCCACACCAGUUAUUACACAAAUUGGUAUAGGAACAACGGAAAAUAAUGCAAAGGCAGAAGCAAUGUUUGCAAUUAUUAAUACUAUCCUGGAAUAUAUAAAAUAAGGCUUUUAUGAUACCGAUUGCCCUUCAAUAAUGGAACAAAAGCUGUAUAUGUGAUCUUGAGCAGUAUAUGUAAUUUCCACAAGA